CGCAGGCGCAGUGGGACUAGCGAAGAUGGCGAACUGUGCGUGGUUUCGCGGGUUGAAGGCGGUGGAGCGGCGGCUGUGGCCUGGCGGCUCCUACAGAAGUAACAGCUCGGCCAAGGCAGUGCCCGUCGUGGAUAGCAGCCAGGAGCCAGAUUUACCUGAGGGAACUGUCGCAAAGACAUUCUCAGCACUGCAAGCAGCAAGGCAUGAGCAAGCAGAACGGACUAUUUUGAUUAGCUGUCCUCCCAAUGUCACUGAAAAGAAAUUCUACAAAUACUUAGCGAGCUAUGGAGCGAUCAAUAAAUAUUUCUUCUAUGAAACUUUCGGCAUUUAUGCACUUGUGGAGUUCUCUAAUAAGGAAAGUAUAGAAGCAAUCCAACACUCUUCCGCUAUCCCAAGCCUCCGGCAUGAAUGUGCUAUUCCAUUCAAAUCCAGAUUUUUCAACUUGAGGAAUACCUAUCUUGGAUCGCUGACUUCCACUCAUCCUUCUCUACCACUGCUUAAACAAUCCAUCAUCCCUCUUAAUGAACUCCGACAGAAACUUUCUGGGGCCAAGAGUAUAGAUGAACAAUUGUACACUGUCCUCAACGAGAGCCAGCUUACUGAAGAGAACAUACGCCUUCGUUUCCUUGUUUGCUCCUUGCUGAAGGAAGUUGCAGCAGCUUACUUUCCAGAAUGUUCAAUUAAACCAUUUGGAUCAUCUGUGAAUAACUUCGGCAAGAUGGGCUGUGAUCUAGACAUGUUUUUGGAUCUGAACAGCAUUAGUGGAAGAAAUAACACCAAGACAGGAGGUGCUUUCUCCAUGGAGUACCAGACGAAACGGGUGGCAUCAGAGCGGGUGGUAACACAGAGCAUCCUUUCUGUGAUAGGGGAAUGCAUUGAUCAGUUUGCCCCCGGCUGUACAGGAAUGCAGAAGAUACUCAAUGCUCGAUGCCCAUUGGUGCGGUUUUCUCAUCAGCCUUCAGGAUUUCAAUGUGACCUCACUGCCAAUAAUAGAAUUGCUAUGAGAAGCACAGAACUCCUUUAUACUUAUUCUAAUAUUGACCCUCGGGUUCGGGCCCUGGUGUUCAGCAUUCGAUGUUGGGCUCGUGUCCAUGGUAUCACCAGUAGUAUUCCUGGAGCCUGGAUCACUAAUUUUUCCUUGACUAUGAUGAUUCUUUUUCUGCUGCAAAAGAGAAAUCCACCAAUUAUACCAACACUAGACCAGCUAAAAGACCUAGCAGAAGAAAAAGAUAAACAUAUUAUUGAAAGUCACGAUUGCACAUUUGCUUCUGAUAUCAAGAUCAAGCCUUCCCAAAAUGCAGAGACACUGGAGGAACUCUUACAAGAAUUCUUUGAAUUUUAUGGCUCCUUUCCUUUUAGUAAAAUGUCCAUCAAUAUCAGAAAGGGAAAGGAACAGAAUAAAUCUGAAGCAUCACCACUGCACAUCCAGAAUCCAUUUGAACAGGCACAAAAUGUUAGCAAGAAUGUUAAUCAAACCCAACUGGAUAGGUUUGUGACAGCAGCCAGAGAGAGUGCCUGGAUCUUACAGCAUGAAGAUCGAAAGCAUCCAAAUGGCAGUUCCUGGGGAUUAGCUGCCCUGCUUCUUCCCAACUCUCAGACGUUCAGUGGAAGGAGCAAAAAGAGGAGGAAACAGCCAGCCAGUGAGAGAAUUAAAAGUUUGUUGGAUUCAUUAAAGAUAAACAAUCAAGCCACUGAACAUUUGAACAGGCCAAAUGGCUUUCGAAAGUUUAGUUCCACUGUUACACGGUAGCAGCCCGCUGGAUACAAAAAAGGAGUUUGUGUCUUCUGAAAUAUUGGUGGCUCAAAUGACUAAUAAGAUGUCAAGAAUCUGAAGACUUUAAUUUAUGGAUUUUUUUGUACAAGGUGCUUCAGGGAUUAUUGAAUGAAGCAUUUAGUUGCCUGUAAUUUCCUAAACACUUAGUCUGAAUUUGUUUUAGUGAACAAUAGUGCACAAAUUGAAUUUCAUUCUAGCUAAUCCGAAGGGCAAGUGCACGACUGCAGAUGCUGAAAUCUGGAGCGGCAAACAAUUUACUGGAGGAACUCUGACAUGUUCACAGUUCCCUUCCUUCUGUCAGAUGCUGCUUACUUGCUGAGUUCCUCCAGAAGAUUAUUUGUAACUUUUGAACAGUAUUGGUUUGAAAUCCAAAAGAUGCCCUACAGAAGCAAUUCCUGUAUAUUUCUAUGUUCAAAUAAAGUUCACUGCAUGUGCCCAGAAAACUUAGAAAGGUAGAGACAAAUGUCUCGUAAUAUUAAAUUACCAGUGGUGCAUUUUUAAAUGAUCAGUAACAGUUUACGAACUUUAAAUUAGGUCUUUUUGCAUUUGUUCAUUUUUGUUAGCAUCUGUGUUUAUAAUUCCCAUCCAAAUGGAUUUUUAUAAUCUCAUUGCCUCAGCCCUUUAUAAAUGGGUAACUUUUUCCUCUUAGUGGGAAUUUAUUUUACCCUGCUGUGGCAGUAAUAAGACCAACUCUCCCAGUUUUGCACAAAUGAACUCAAUGCUUUAAGUACAAGGUAAACAUCCCAUGUUAAAAUAAAUAAUUGCUUUUAUUAAUAUGUUGCAAUGAAUAUUGAAACAAAUAUCAGACAGUUUCCAGAAGUGGAACAAUAUGAUUUAUAUCAAGGGCGUUACUUUGUAAUGCAGAUUAAAAAUAAAAUGAUAUGGGAUUUACAAAAGUAUUUUCUGGAUCUUAAGAUGUCCCAAAGGUAUUUCUUAGCUAAUGAAACUGAAGUGUAAUAACUGUUGGAAUCCAGGGUAUCAGUAUUGUAGCUUAUAUGAAGGAGGGAAAAAAAGAGCAUGUAUUAUUGGAAACUUGUAAGUAAGUUUAUCAUGUGUUUUGCAGAAGCAUUAUCAGUCACGGGUCCUUCAAGGUGUUCAGGUGGUUUACCAAAAGCUUGACCAAAGAUAUUUUUUUCAGAAUAAUCAAAAGAAUGACAGAUGCUGGAAAUUGUAAUAUAAAAAAAAUGCUGAGAAUAAAGUCAUCAGAUCAGGAGCAUCUGGGACUUAAGGUUAGAGGCCCGAUGUCUGGAAAAAAUGUCAGCAAAAAAUAGCACCAUGUUUACAGAUAUUGCAAGAUUUCAAAUCUUGAUUAAAGCAGAUUAUUGAAUAACAGAUAUUUAAUAAUUUUAUGGUAACUACUUUCUGGUUUUCAGAAAAAAAAAUUCAAAUAUACUCAAAUAUAUCCAAGUUGCCAGAACAAAACAGUGCUGUAGUGUUCUAUGACUCUAACUCUGCCUCACCGAUUAGAGUCAUAGAACACCUCAGCACAGAACAAGCCCUUCGGCCCGUCUAGUCCGCAUUGAAUUAUUACUCUGCCUAGUUCCAUCAACUUGCAUUUGGACCGUUGGCCUCUAUACCCUUCCCAUCCAUGUACCUAUUCAAAUUUUUCUUAAGUGUCGAAAUUGACCCUGCAUCUACCACUUCCUGGCAGCUCAUUCCGCACUCUCACCACUCUGAGUGAAGAAGUAUCCCUUCAUGUUCCCCUUAAACAUUUCACCUUUCACCAUUAAUCUGUGAUCUCUAGUUCUAGUCUUACCCAAGCUCAGUGGAAAAAGCCUGCUUGCAUUUACCCUAUCUAUACCCCUCAUAAUUUUGAAUACCUCCUAUCAAAUUUUCCCUCAAUCUUUUAUGUUCUAGGGAAUAAAGUCCUAAUCUUUUGAAACUGUUCCUAGAACCCAGGUCCUCAAGUCCUGGCAACAUCUUUGUAAAUUUUUUCUGCACUCUUUCAAUCUUAUUCACAUGUUUCCUGUAGAUAGGCGACAAAAAUUCCGCACAACAGUCCAAAAUUCGGCUUCUUCAAAGUACUACACAAUUUCGCCAUAACAUCUCAACUCCUGUACUCAAUACUUUGAUUUAUAAGGCCAGUGUGCCAAAAGAUUUCUUAAUGACCCUAUCUACCUAUGACGCCACUUUCAAGGAAUUAUGUAUCUGUAUUCUGAGAUCCCUUUGUUCUCCCACACUCCUCAGUGCCCUACCACUCAUCAUGUAAAACCUGCCCUGGUUGGUCCUCAAAGUGUGACAUCUCACACUUGUCUGUAUUAAAUUCCAUCUGCCAUUUUUCCAGCUUUUACAGAUUGGUUCAAAGGAAUCCGAGGGGUAAAUAUUCCACAGAGUAGUUAGCAUUUUGAAUGUGCUUCUUAAGGUGUUGGAGGCAGGAGCAGUAUCAAGUUUUAAGAGAUUGUGAGUGAGCAGGACAGACUUAUGGAAUUAAUGUAGGCAAAUAUUAGAUUAGGAUUUUUGCUUCAAGUUCUGGUAUCUAGUCACUUGCAUUUCCUGUAGUAUAAGUAGGGCAAAAGGUCUAUUUCUGUGCUCUACAACUGUGUGAUUAUAACAAUACUAGCUGAUAGAAUAUAGUUAUUAUCACAGGCACAAUAUAAAUAUUAGUUUACACUUGUAUAGUUUCACAAUACAAGCCCUGUGCAGGGAAAUUAAAGCUUGUGGCUAGUUGGUCAGUGUUGAGGAUAUUCCAAAGAUCAUAUUCAUCAACAUCAACUGUAGAAGUUAAUUCUAAUUCCGCUGCUGGUGAGUGGAUUUCACCAUAUGGGCAUAGUUUGAACUAUUUUCUGUGGAAUGGCACUGGAUGUUGCAAAGUUGAUGAAAUUAAAA